CGCAGCACGAGGGUAUAUACGGGAGGGACGCGCGCAUAAAACCACCUGGCGUCGCCCGCUCCCCCAUUCAAUCCAGUAUCGACCGGCUGCGAAGUUACAAUUUCGCUCACGGUUUAACCAUCGAACCUAAAAUCGAAAGUCCGGAAUCCGAUAAUCCGAAGUCUCGCGGUUUGUGCGUACGGGUCGGGGGGGGGCGAAUGCGGAAGCGAAUGCGAAUGCGACCAAAUCGAAGUGACGUCGCGACGGCCACCAUCCGAGACGGAAUGCGUCGUUCGUUUCACGUCCGUCGCCGUCACCGUUACGAUAACGAGGCAACCACCGCCACCCCCAGGUCGUCGUCGUCGUCUUCGUCGUCUUCGUCGUCGUCGUCGUAAAAGUAACACCGGUGCCGGAUGCGAGCGUCGAACGGGAACGCGCGUCUUUCGAGAAGACCAAACGGCGACCUAUCGAAUAUGACAUGAUGGACAAUAUCGGGAAGAUGAUCGAACAACAGACGCAGCACACUCUGGCCGAGCAGGCGGUCGAUUCCGGCGACGGUAAUGCGCACUCGCGCGCUGUCAUUACGGGUGGCAUGGAGACGCGAGUCGUGACGACGAUGAGGGUGCUGUCACGCGCGGUGCUAGAGCGUCGUGUUGUUAAACAGGAAGAAGCCGAUGGCCCCCUCUCCGUUAUCGUGCAGCCCCAGGAGGAGUCCAGAGACUCGGAGCUUCUUAGUCCGGGGAAACUGUCGCCGAACUCGGUGUCGGUCAGUGUGGCCAACAUGAUCGACACGAACGACUAUCGGAAUCUGAACCCGGAACCGACUUAUCAGACGUUGACUUCGGUGAACGGCAGGAUGUCGCCGCCCGGCUACAGCCCCAGCUCGUCGUACGCGACGCUGACGCCCUUGCAACCCUUACCGCCCAUCUCGACCAUGUCCGACAAGUUCGCUUACGGCCACGCGAGCAACGUUACCGGCUCGUUUACCGUCAUGCAGAACAACGGGAUAGGAGUAAGCGGCAUCGGCAUAGGGUUGAACGCGAACGCGCCCUACACGAUGAGCAACAUGGGGAUGACCCCGCCGCAUAACUACUCGUCCCCCGGCAUGGGUAUUCAGCAACAGUCGAGCCCGAUCAGUCCCCAAAGCGCGUACAGCCAAAACGGACUGCCGUCGCCGCAGAAAAGCAUGUCGCCGCCUAGUUACGACUCGCCGUACGGUACUACCGCGCAGCGCGAUAUCGUGACGCGAACGUUGCACAGUCCGCAGUUAAGUCCGCCAGGCUCGGGCUCUUUGAACUCCCCCGAAGGUACGCUAGUGACUAGUUUUAGUGGUACGACGUUGAACGGACUCGGUUUGCAAAAUCAUCCGCCGACGUUGGUACAAAUCGCGCCACCGCAACGCGAAUGUUCGCCGUCGCCGCCGGUAGUGACGCUACAACAGACGCCUCCCGGUAGUCAGCAUCAGCAAACUCAACCGCAAAACCAGCAGACGAUGCAGAUUACCACCAAGAACGGGAAUUCCGGUUCGUUGAGCGUGCCGGCGAUCGCGGCGGACGUCGAAGAGAUCAACACCAAAGAGUUGGCGCAACGGAUCAGUGCCGAACUCAAACGGUACAGCAUCCCUCAGGCGAUAUUCGCUCAGCGCGUACUGUGUCGUUCGCAAGGUACCCUGUCCGAUUUGCUACGCAAUCCGAAACCGUGGUCCAAGUUGAAAUCGGGACGAGAGACGUUCAGGAGAAUGUGGAAGUGGUUGCAGGAGCCGGAGUUUCAACGGAUGUCGGCGCUACGAUUAGCAGCUGCGCAGAUACCACAACGAGGCAGCUGCAAACGGAAAGAGGACCCUGCGAGCAAUACGGACCAGUUGCCUACGCCCAAGAAGCCACGUUUGGUUUUCACCGACCUCCAGAGGCGUACUCUACAGGCUAUUUUUAAGGAAACUAAAAGGCCUUCGAAAGAGAUGCAAGUGACUAUAGCUCGGCAACUGGGGCUAGAACCAACCACGGUCGGGAAUUUCUUCAUGAACGCGAGAAGGCGAUCAAUGGACAAAUGGAAAGACGAAGAUCCAAAAUCGACACAAUCGUUGAUGCAUCAGCAAAUGUCGCCCGGUAUGGACCAGGACGAUUUAGAUCACGACGGCGACAUGGACAAUGACGUAGACGAGCACGACGACGUCUUGUGACAUGCGUUCCGCGAUCGUCAUCUGUUAUUGCUGUGACACUGAGCCUGGUGACGUGUAAUUUUUUUAUAGCUUUGGACAUAUUUUAAAUAUAUAUAAAGAGAAGUGUAGAUCCCGCGACAAAGAUCAUUGUAUAUUUGACCUAGAAUUUGAAUCCGAUGUUUUCUUAUUUGUUUUAUAGUAUCAAAAAAUGUUGACAAUCUUUCAUUGCGCUUGGUUUAUAAUCAAAUGUGAUCCCGAGAAUAGAUUGUUGAUUUGUCUUGGCGCAAAGUAGUUUAAUUAUCGUCCUAGGUAUAGCAGGCGUUCCAAGCGAUUUUUUUUGUAAAUUCCAUUUUCGUUUUUUUUUUCUAAUUCAAAGAUCGCUCGAUUGUUUUUAUAAACAAAUUGAUGUAGCAUGUUUUUCUUUUGUCAACGCAAACUAACGCGGAUAUAUUAUAUUAUUGUAUAGGUUUCGAUUACACCGGCAGUACAAAAUUUAUCAAGGGGGUAUUAAUAAUUGUUUUUAAUCGGCAAGGUGAUAUAUUAAUUUCUGAAUGAUUCCAUUUUGAACAAAAACAUUCCGAGUUUGCUGUCGAUAGUUUUAAGGUAAAUGCACAUAAUAUACAAGCUUUGUACCUCUGGCGGUUUGAAGUAUUUUGUUAUCUAGUCAAAAAAGCUGAAAAAAUGUAAACACAAAAUCCUCUAUAUUGUAUUUAACCUGUAUAUAAUUAUACUGUUAUUUGCCAUAUCUUAUUGUAAAAAAUAAUUUAUUGUAUUUAUUACUAGAUAGUAAAAUGUCAGGAUAUUUGUUCGGAUAUGACGAAGACGUGGUGUCGAAUGAUUUCAGUUGGCGAUAGUCAAAGUAAACGUUUGUUCUGAAAGUGAAUUUUAGUUUUAGUCUGUGAUCUGAUUGUUUUCUUUAAAACGCUAGUGUCGAUUUAACUACAGGUCAAAUAACAACAAUAACAGAGAAUGUUCUUCACGAGAUUGUAUAUUAACAAUAUCGCUAUAUUUUGGUAAAAAAAAAUCUAAAAGGUAUAUUUUAGCACAAAUAAAAUGAUCUGCACUGAUAAGCAGAUAACGUAAGAUGUACAAAAUAGAACUCUACUUUUUGCAGUUGUAGUUACUGAAACUACGACUACACUAUCCCGUGAAAUUCUUACCGUUUAAAAACGAAUUAAACAUGUAUUUCAUAUGAUUUUGCAGUUCUUAAGAUAUUACGGGAACCCGCAAUCACAGUCUUCUAUUAUUUAAAAUUAAAACAGCUUAUAAUUUUGUUUCAUGUUAAGAGUACUUACUGUAACUGGUAAUAAUAUUACAAAAUCUAUGUAAAUAUAAUAGAACAACAAAAGUAUAUAAAAUAUAUGUUGGGAACACUUUUUGCUAUGAAAAAUGUUGUAAUUAUUCUUAACUCUUAGAUGCAUUGUUGGCUUUAUAUUUAGUUUUUAUAACAGAUAAACAUAUUAGAUCCCGUCGGUCCUAGACGCUAUUGAGAGAUCCUUUUUUGUAAUACCUAUUUUUAGAUGAAUUACCUAUUAUAUUAUAUACCUACAUCAGUUCGUGACGAAUAGAUCUACGUUUACGAAAAAUGCCUUAAAUAUGACAGACACAUUACUAAUUGUUGUAUAAAUCUAGUCAGCGUGUGAACAAUGUUUCAUGUUUUUUUUUCAGUCUCUGCUAUAAUUUUAUUAAUUUUCUAGUCCCGCUGUUUUUUUUUUGUAAUUUAGUGAAGAACUAUAUAUAAUACUCUCGUAGCAGACUACUGAUGUCAGGCAGCUGCACUGCACUAACAGCUUCUGUUUUUAAUUCAUGACUUGUCAAUUUCUGCACUGGCACUGUUAAUUUCAAUUAGCGAAAAAGAUCCGGUGUUAAGCAUAAUUAUAUUAGUACCAUUAAAUUUCGCACUACAUAAUAUAAAUUCCAUUGAUUCCGGGUAUAAUUUUUUAGUGCAAUAGGAAAAAAACUCUUGUAAAAAUGGCAAUACCAUAUCCCCUUUCCGUGUAGAAUGGCAUCACACAUCUACACACGAUUCUGUAGAAAUAUAGAUUG